CCCUAGAAAUCCACCAUACUGUUGGUGCGUGAGCGAAUGGGCGUGUGUGUCUGAAAUGAGAGUGUGUGAGAGAGUGAGAGAGAGACAGAGAGAGAGAGAGAGAGAGAGAGACCAGCGACGCUCGCUCAGGACAAUGAAGAUGUCUAGAACUGCUCUCCCUGCGCCCGUAAUGAAAUUCUGCAGUCUAUUAGAGGCUCUUAAGGUGCAGCACACGUGCCCUAUUGGGACAUGCGAUCAGCAAUGAUAACCACUGAACCUGAAGAAACGACCAUGCAUGUUCUUGUUUAGAACAUUUAAAAAAACCGUUUUGAAGGGAUGGACAUUACUAUAGCUACGCGUUUUCAUACUGGGUGAACUAUGUUUUCUUUGACAGUGAAUGUGUUCUUGCCAGUUGCAAGUUAGUUAUCAUUUCUUUGUUGAGGUUAAGGCGGUGGCCAGAAUCUUUCUCAGUAUCUGUUUCACAUAACACAAUGGAGUUCAUCGAAGAAGACGUAAGUUUAUACAACGAAUCAUUUCUUCAAACCAACUUAACUGACUUCGACGAUGCGGAUGGAGUUCUUCCUACCGGCGUGAAGAUCACCAUAGCUGUGGUGUACCUGGUAGUUUGUUUUGUUGGUCUCAUCGGCAAUAGUCUGGUGAUGUUCGUAAUCAUCAGGUACACGAAAAUGAACACUGCCACCUACAUAUACAUCUUCAACCUGGCCUUGGCAGACUUCUUGGUGCUGGCAACGCUUCCCUUCCAGGGCACCGAUGUGCUGCUGGACUCUUGGCCCUUCGGCGCGAGUCUCUGCAAGAUAGUGGUUGGCAUCGACUACUACAACAUGUUCACCAGCGUCUUCACGCUGACAGUGAUGAGUGUGGAUCGGUACAUCGCCGUGUGCCAUCCUGUGCGCUCGCUAGCUGUGCGCACCACCUCCAAGGCCAAAGUGGUGAACGUCGGGGUGUGGGCACUCGCCUCUGCCUUUGGAGUGCCAGUGAUGGUGAUGGCGCAGCUGGAGGUGGAGCCCAAUGGCAUCGAGUGUAUGUUGGUCCUCCCCAAACCUCGCCAGCACUGGGGGUCUGUUUUUGGCACGUGUGUGUUCCUCUUCUCGUUCAUCGUGCCAGUGGCCAUCAUAAGCGUUUGCUACGGGUUGAUGGUGCGGCGUCUGCACAGUGUGCGGCUUCUCUCCGGCUCCAGGGAGAAGGACCGCUACCUGCGCAGGAUCACUCGCAUGGUCCUGACUGUGGUCCUGGCGUUCGUGCUCUGCUGGGCGCCGGUGCAGGUGUUGGCCCUGGUCCAAGCUCUAGGCGGCGUGGACCUGGGUGGCAGCAAGGCCAGUAUGGUGGCCAUGCAUUUCUGCAUCGCUCUAGGCUACGCUAACAGCAGUCUCAACCCACUGCUGUACGCUUUCCUGGAUGAAAACUUCAAGCGGUGCUUCCGCGUCUUCUGCCCGCACAGGAACUUGGGGAACGACACAGACAUGCCGGGGAGGAAGUCAUCAAGACGGAGCAAAGGACUUGGUGUGGAGGAGCAUGAAAAUGGCGUCGCACACGGAGAGAUGGAAAUGGCUGAAGGACAUAAUAGGCGGCAAUGAGGGUAAAUCCAGCAGGGGAACAUCCCUGGAUCAAAGGGUCCUCAACAGUCCUCGACAGAGCAGGGCAGUCACUCCAGAACUCUUCAGAUGGGACAGAAGGGCUCCAGGAUCAACCAACCAACCAACACAAACACACACACAAACACACACACAAACACACACACACACACACACACACACACAAACACACACGUUUGGCACCUCUAAACAUUGUUCCUGAUUUGAAAGUGUUUGACGUGUCAUAGGCACAGGCUGUGUAUAUGUGGUCUUUUGGGACCAAUGGCUUUCUAAAAGGAAGGUUGGGAGGAGCUUGACCAAAUUGGCCACCCCUGUAGCAUCAAACUCUGUCAGGUUUGACUCAAGUCAUUCCCAGCCUACCUUUUCAAACAGCGGCGUUUGCUUCCACACUCCCUCUCAACCCAGCACCUCCCCUCACGCCUCCCGUCUUCCUUGGUUAGGAAUGGAAUGGGGGUGUAUGCAUGGAUCCUGCUUUACUCCUGCCUGCUCAGUCAACUCCUGCAUGAUCCCUGCGAAACAAACACAAAUGUGCCAGUGUGGAGAGCCAGUACCCACUGUAGACCUAAGUGAAUGUGCCAGUGUGGAGAGCCAGUACCCACUGUAGACCUAAGUGAAUGUGCCAGUGUGGAGAGCCAGUACCCACUGUAGACCUAAGUGAAUGUGCCAGUGUGGAGAGCCAGUACCCACUGUAGACCUAAGUGAAUGUGCCAGUGUGGAGAGCCAGUACCCACUGUAGACCUAAGUGAAUGUGAGUUCUGUGUUGUCAGGUACUGGACUUGUGCUUUGAGCCUAGGUCAGCCCUGGUUGUAAAAAGAGCCCAGAGAUGAGACUAGGAGGAGAUGGGAGAGAAUGGCAUGAGAGACAGGAUGAAGUGGCAGAUGAGAGUGUGGAGCAUCAGGUGUGGUCAUGAUGAACUUUAUAUGUAUGUAUGUAUAUAUAUGCAUGUAUGUAUGUAUGUAUUUUUUGGAUAUAUUGAUUGUUUCAUUGUUUGUGUAAUAUUGAAUGUAUUCAUUAUCUAUAUUUAUAUUUUAACCUAUCCUCUGAAUUUGUAUACAUACAAAGUUGUACUUCAUUUUGAAUGACUAAAAUGAACAGCAGGGUUUUUGCCAAAAAGACUGGCGGUAAAUGCAUAUGAAUAUUGUCGCAGAGGAUGUAUACAGAGGUCCUUGUGCUGCUGUACACGUUGUUGUUUUGCUGGGGGGUUUUAGCUUGCAGAAAGCAUAGAAAGCAUUAAUGUUCCGCAUUCAUCAUUUGCUGAGCUUGUUGACGGUGUUCCUUUCAAAUGCAUAUGAAUCUUCAUGUCGUGGUGGUGCCAGGGCUUCAUCUGGUGACAUCUCAUUUCCCUCGGUCAAUAGCAGGCAUGAAGGGCUCUCGAGUGCUCUUGGCGUUAGUGCUCUUUGAUCUUGGCGUUAGUGCUUCGUGAUCUUACUGAUUAGAGUCCCUGUUCAUCAUCUGCGCUCAGCUCCACUUUGUCACAAAGCAAGAUGGGGCCCUGGCGGGGAUGCCUCAACACCUCCUGUUGUAUUCUUGUUUCUACCAUCAGGUAAAAUAGAUGUUAAAAAAAAGAGUCAUACAUUUAAAAAAAAGUCAUAAAUUAAAUGUAAUGAAUAUGGCCAGUGGGUAUACAGUUUCCUUUUACACCAUGCAUAUGUCUGUAUAUUGUAUUAGUGAACAGUUAAAGAGGAGAGAAAACAUCCUGCCAGCUGUAAUGUAUGAAGAAGUCUAUUUUGUGCUAUUGUCACAUGACACGCUCUUGCUGGAUAAAUGAGGUCUGUUCUAAAUUAAGCCCUUUUCAGGAACGACUGAAAUAUUCAUCUGCGCUGUUUUCUGACAGAAAACUAAAAAGACAAAAUGGGGAAGACAAAAGAGGAGAACACGUUGUCAUGGUGUCACGGCUGAAAAAGAUGAAGGGGAUAGUGUGGAUCAAUAACUGGCCUUAACAUGUCCUAUUUCCCCCCAAACUGAACAGAUAACUUUACUUACUUUGGCCUCAGCUCAGUAAUCAUGACGUCCCAGUGCUGUGGCUUUGUAAUAUAUAGAUAGGAAUGAAGAAGACUCCCUAGACAAAUAUCUACUCAUCGAGGUGGGCUGGGCAGGCUUGCACAAUGUUAUCACAAAAAAAAAAAUGUUUCAAAAGUGAGAAAGUCUUUGUCACAAUUUUUUUCAGGAGGGUAGGCAAAUCCUAGAGAUGAAUGACAAUGAAUAUGUUUGCACGUGGGUCUUUUGGCUCCUUGGAUAAGAGAGUACCUAAUUUCAGCCCUGGGGGAAGGCUGCUGCUGUUGUUGUAUAGGCCGACUGCAUCCUCACACAACACUGUUGACACUUAAGAUGAUGACUGAGGGGUCUUUGGUCUCACCGUGAUUAACGACCAGAGCCUUCUCAUUAGCUGAGAGCCAGAGGAGGUGAAAACAGCUGAAUUGGGAGGAUUGUUAAUGCUGAACGGGUAAUUCUCCUCUGCACUGCUGCACCCUGGGGACGCCAGUGUUGAGACACUGACCAGUAUCGAGGUGGAGAGGUCAUCAUUUAGCAUUAUGUCAGCUUUACAACGUGCCAGGACCUGACCAACGGGGGGGUUUCUGUAGACAACUUCAGCUGAAGUCAAAGUAAAGGGUGGCUCACUGUCAUAUCUGACUCUGUGACACUACUCUGAGUAGCAAGGAAUAAAGACGACGUUAUGACUGGAAGCCUGCUACUGCAGAGGUCACCAAGUAAUGGUUGUGAUGGAAGCGUGUUUUCUACGUAUAGAGCUAUACUUCAAACAUUGCUGUUACUGGAUAUGCUUAAACGUUUGACUCUCAAAGUAUUUAAUAAAUAAUCAUUAUAAAUAAUCAUCUUUUUAUUUCACCCAGAUUUAAGAGAUAAGACCUGUUGGAUUUUCCUAUCCAUUGAACACCCAGCAUUCAGUCUGGACCAUGUCCUCCUGAUUAAAGACAACACGCUAUGACAACACAACUUGGUGCACAUCAUUCAACAACAGUGCUGUUUUGUAAUUCGCCUAUUUUUAGAUCGGAUUAAUUUAUUAUGUCUGUAAUGUGAUGCUUGUUUGCAGUAAUAUGCCUUGCAUCAUGAAAAGGUUUUUGAGGGCCUUAAACCAGACCUUUAAAACAGUAAUUGCUCAAUAACAAGGCCCACCAGACCCUGGGACAAGAGCUAAGAUUUGGGUUGUCUAGCCUGAAAGUAUUUCUCUAUAACUUGAGAGCCUUGGGAGGUAUUAUAA